GUACGUUCAGUAUUCGCGUCUUUCAUCAUUUUUUUUGUUAGAGUGUGUUUUUACGUUUUCGAAGACCACAGCGGUAACAUUUGAACCAGCAGGGCGGUUUGUUCGUUUUGUUUCGACACGGUGCUUUGAUAAAGCGGUUAUCCUCUCUAAGUUGAUUUUGAUAUCUUUGGAGCUUAUUUGAACCAUUGUACCAUGGCGAAUCCAGCUUUCUGGUUACAACAGCCAGCAUCGUCGACGCCUUCAACGCCGCGUCGGUCACGUAUAAAGGGUGGGAAGUCACAUUCCAAAGAUGCUCGGAAGGUAGUGCCACUGUCUUCACCACUGCUCUCCAAGGCUUGCCUAUCUUACGUUGAUAUACGUAAAUCGUUGUCGUCUCCGUUAGAGAGACGCGCACUGCCAUUGCCAUCUCCAUCACCAGAAAGACAACAAGAGGUUGUUAUCAUAACCUCUUCUCCCCCAAGAGCGGAGACACUCAAGGCGACGAAGACAGUGACAUUCCACAAGGAGUUGGUGCAGCCUCCGUCGAAGGUGACGACGCCAAGGAAGUCAAUAUUGAAGACUCGAAAUGACUCAGCCCAGCUGGAAAUUGACCUCGUAGGAGGAUCAAAGUACUCACACCUGGAGUUUUGGUCAAAGGGUGAGAUAGUCACGCCUAAAGAUUCUUCAUCUGCUGAUGAGCUGAAAUCCUUUAGUGAUAUCUUGAACGGUGGGAUGACCGUUCUGAAGGAUCCAGAGUGUAAUGUACGGUUUGAGAUUUAUGCUUCGUUUCAGGGAAUCUUGAAGAAUAUCAAUGAUAAGAAGAUUGAUAUUCUUCUACCGUUGUUAACAGAACUGGUACGAAUAUUACAACAUGACCAACAGAUGAUUGAAAAUGAGCUCAAGCGCUGUGAAAAUCCAAACCCCUUUUUAACAAGAACUGACGUACAAAUUGUGAAGGUCAUGUCAUUUUUACUGUCAAGUGAAAAGAUUUACAGACGGUUUUGGAAAAAGUCCCCCAAGGAGGUACAGUCUAUGGCUAAAAACUCAGUGGUGGCGGCGUCUUUGGCAAUCACUUCAUCAACCAUACCCAAGAGCUUGCUAACGGCUAGUUUACAGCUUUUGAAGGACCAAAAAGUGCAUGCCCUUUUACCGCAAUCAGUAAAGGAAACUGUCGUGGCUUCUCUGAUGAACACCAAACAGUUCCCUACAUUAUCGGUACUACAGGAGAAGCUCAAUUGCCUGAAAUCUAUGAUUACAGCAUGUCCCACGAUUAUGGAAAAGACCGUCAAAUCAUGGGCUGGGUUUGUACUCAAUAGCAUAUGUGACUUCAACUCACCAUUUUCUAAAAAACUGUCUUCCGUUGCCAGCAUUACACUAGCAGAGGCUUCAAAGAUAUUCUUAACUUCGAAACCGGUUUGUUACGAGAUAAGAAAGAUGCUAGCGGCUCCAAUAUACACGACUUUGAGUGUUGAACCUUCAACUCAGAUUUCAGUCAGCUCAACACCAGUGGAUUUGCAACAACCCACCAUAGAGUACAUCUGCGAUAGACUGUACGAUCUGAUCGAGGCAGAUAGUAUAAAAGUUGCUUUGGAUAUAUGGGUUAGUAUAACACUGAUAUGGUUUGACGAUUUGUUAAUGGUGGAUGUCAAUAGCCCUUGGGUUAAAGUUAUUGAAACGUGCCUUCAAGAUCCAAAGGUUGAGAACCGUAACCUUGCUUUGAAAUCUUGGAAGGCUGUGGUUUAUGUGACUUGUGGAAACAUCGCACUUUUAACUAGUGAACAUGUUGAGAGUCAGCUAGAAACCAUGUUUCACAUCUAUGAUGAAGAAUAUUCACUUGGGCUAUCGGUCUCAUCAGAAAAAAUUAUAUGUUCAUUGACAUCGCGGAUUCUAUAUGGUAUGUUCUCAACUACGGAGUCAACCAAAUGGUUAAGUCCACAACUGUUUGAGACCUAUGUGCUCAAUUCAAUGACUUUGACAAAGACACAUGCUCAUUCUUGGAACUACAUGGUACAGUUGCUUGUGCGAUUGCUUCAACCCUUGACCAACAUGUCAAGACCAACUUAUCUUACAAGGGUUUUAUCAGAUGAUGCCGUUGAGCUGUUAGAGAUUAAACCGUUGACUAUGGACAUUGUUUUCCAAGUAUAUCCCAAGCUCAUGUCGAUAUUUACCAAUGAUGUGUGGAUGAAUCCAGCGGUUGAAGAAAAUGUUCAGCUGGCUCUAUUGGCAGCUCUUAUGGGACGUGUAAGAUCCAUACCACAGAAUCAAAUUGUCGGUAAACGUGCAGAAAGAAUAUCUGCUAUCUUGAAAGACUUGAAGAGAUUUUUCCCGAUGUACAUGGACCACCCGAAUGCUCAAAAUGUCAAGUCAAAAGAAGCAUUGGAGUAUGUCAAUAGAUUUCUGACUUUGAUAAAGACAAACUUUGGUCCAAUGAGUUACUGCACAGAUGUUAACUCAAAGGGGGAGCUCGAGUAUUCACAUGAGAACAUUUAUGUGGAAGUUAUAAAAUACUGUAUCAUAAGGGGGUUCAGGGAAGUUGACAUAUUGAAGUGUUUGCUAUUCCAUGUCAAAGGUGGAUUGAGAUUGAGAUUAUUCGAAAGUUUGGCUUUGAAGAUUAAAAACCGGAAGGUUUUAAAGUACAUUUCAAACAACCUCGAGAGCACUCUUUUUGACAAGAACAUUACUAUUACUUCUGUGAAUGCACUAGGAAGAACCAUCAGCAUUCUUCCAAAAACAUCGCCUCUUCUAGGUGCAUUCAUCAGAAUGAUACAUUCGUUUGAUUCACCUGGUAGUCUUUUCUCCAGUUUGAACAUUCCUUCGUGGUCAUUUGAUGAUAUUCUGUUAUUACUGAAUUUGGUUUCUGAUAACGAUACUCUUAAAAGUACUUUGCUUGGCUCAAUAUCGACAAAGCUGAACAAUGGUGAUUCCAAAUUUGCUUCGAAGUUAUUUAGAUAUCUUUCGACAACUGCUGACAACGAUACCCUAUUCUCAUUGAAUCGAGAAUUAUUCUUCUAUGCAAUGGAUCCACGUGACUAUUGUACUGAAACUUCUCAUUCAGCUUUUGUUGAUAUUUUAAAGUCGUUUCUCCAUGCGUACCAGGGAUCUCUCUCAACGGAUUCACCAGACCUCAGAAAACUUGACGUUAUCCUUUCCCAUGGGCUACAGUUGUGUAAAGGUGUGCUGCUUGAUGAAAAGUACAAGCAUGUGUGGAACAGAUCUCGUGAUAUCAACGAAGUUUUAGACUCAUGUAUUGCAGUGCUUCCAUCUGAAAUGUUGAACAGAAUGCCUUUGGUUCUCAAGGAAUUGGAAAAUGAUGUGAUUCCCUGUCCAGGUAAUCACAGUAGUGAAAUUGGGGCAAAAGGUUCAUAUGUCGAAGUACUCUCUUCGACUAGUAACAAUGAAGCAAGUAUGUCAUUAUCUUGUUCAGGAUGUGCUGAACAGACAAACUCCAUGGAGAUCAUAUUGGAGGGGACUGAGCAAUCACCAACACAGAAUAAAGCUCUAGAAGCGGUACAUGAGCUCUCAAAAAAGAAUGCUCUUUGCAUACAGCAAGAACAGCUUAUCGAAUCUGAGGUCGCAAUAGAUGUUGUAAACUCAUCUAGUCAAGAAUUGGUUAUUGAGAAACCUAAUGUGGGGUUUAGUAUGGAUCAAAACAGCGGAAUUAAGGAGAUAAGCGACGGAGAUCAGCAUAUUACAUUGUCUAACAACUUGAACGGUGAGGUGGAUACUGUUCAACGAAACAUUGAUAAUGGGAAGAGCGCAUCAAGCGAUAUAGAGAAUGUCCAGUCCGAGACAUUUACAUCCUCUAGCACCGGCAGCAAUGAUGGUGAUGGAGUAAUAGAGAUAUGUGUCAUUCCUGAGCAUCAACCACCACCUGCGAUCGAUAUUGUUAACUCUUCUAGCCAAGAGUUAGUUACAACUACGAACCUUCAUGUGAAUAUCGAUAACGUUGGUACAAAAGAGAUCAUAUCAGAAGUGGUUGGUUCCAUUCAUAAAGGACCUGAUCAGUUGUGUGUUGUUGCACCUGUUGCUUCCAGUACUCUAGCUCUCAAGGACAAUGAGAUUCCGGGAUCAACAGAAAGAUAUACCGGGCUUAAUGGUGAUUCAGGAAAUGAGACUCAACAAGACGAUCUUGGGCAUGGAUUUUCUGGAGGCAUUUCUAAUCCUAUAGAUGAAGGCGAAGAAUCAGACAUGAAUACUGGUCAUGAAUUUGCCAAUCAUGACGUUGUUUCUUACUCCAUCCCUUCAAGCGUUGAUGGUAAUAGUGAACUUUGUUUGUCUCAGGAAAGCGAUAAAUUGGAAGGUGAAAGUGACGAGACCCGUGGCAAUGACUUUGACUCCUUCAAGAACGUUGAGGACUCCAUCAUUAGACCAUCUGUGAAACGUAAACUUGAUGACAACAGUUACAUCGGUGCUGUGUUGAAGAAACCUCACUCCUUAGAUCUACAGAUUGAUUUGACUCCAACAAAGCCAAAAAGCAAUGAUUCUGAAAAGACUGGUCAACUCGCUUUGGCUCCAGUUCAUCCGCAGGGAGAUAUUCGCUCCCAUAUUUCUUCUCUUUUUAAGCAGUUCCGGGAUGACGAGCUUUCGAAAAUGUCCAUCGAGGAGAUUUUCCAAGUUGAAGAUGAAUUGUUAGGCUUCAUCUCAAGAAUGAGAUCGUUAAAGAAGUGAUAUCUCCAUUAUGAUGAUGACUACUCUCUAUGUUCC